AUGAACAAGACAUUGUUCUUGCGUAUUGUGCAUCGUCUCGAGCAAGAAGUGGAUUAUUUUAAACCUUCACAAGAUGCAACUGGUCGGUCUAGCCUAACCGCGCUCCAAAAAUGUACCGCAGCUAUUCAGCAGUUGGCGUAUGGUGGUGGGGCUGAUACCGUUGACGAAUAUGUCCGACUAGGUGAAACCACAGCUAGAAAAUGUUUGCACCAUUUUACCCACUCAAUCAUCCACUUGUUUGGUGAUGAAUAUCUUAGAUGUCCUACUCCGGAGGAUCUGCAAAGACUACUAUAUAUUGGGGAACAACGUGGAUUUCCAGGAAUGGUUGGAAGCAUCGACUGUAUGCAUUGGGAGUGGAAGAAUUGCCCUGCCGCUUGGAAAGGAAUGUAUUCACGAGGAACCGGAAAACCAACAAUUGUGCUGGAGGCGGUUGCUGAUUACGACCUCUGGAUAUGGCACGCGUUUUUUGGAGCACCAGGUACUAUGAACGAUCUUAAUAUUCUUGAUCUAUCACCUGUUUUUGAUGACGUUAUUAACGGAAUAGCACCACAAGUCAACUUCUAUGUAAAUGGUCAUCCAUACCAUUUGGCCUAUUAUCUCACUGAUGGGAUUUAUCCUGACUGGGCAACUUUUAUUCAAUCUAUCCGUCUACCACAAAGUGAGAAACAUUCAUUAUUUGCUAAAACUCAAGAAGCUGUUAGGAAAGAUGUUGAACGUGCAUUUGGAGUCCUGUUUGGUAUGGACGAGUUAGAGCUUCCAAGUAGAUUGUUUGAGACAAGUAGCGAACCCACUGGCAAGAAAAGGCUGUGA